AUGCCAUGGAACGCGAGCAAUAAUCCCGCGGGCGACAUUCGCGCACCAGCCAUAGCAACGGCACUUCGUCUUCAACAGCAACGGAAUAGGCCUACAGAUUCCGUCACCCCCAGAGCCUUUUCUCUUCGUGUGGUGGAGAUGGAUGACCUUAAUAUUUCCCACGAGUAUCUGAAAGAGUUGCGUCACUGUGCUCUGCUGCACCCAAAAGAUUUUCCUACCGAUGCUGCAGGUCCUGACGGUACAAUCCUUGUCCAUCCAAGACUACACGCACAGUUUGUAGUGGCUGCGCGUUCUCAUGAGGCUGUCCCAUGUGGCCAUAUUGCUUUGUCACAAGUGCAAAUGAUCAAUCUAGAGCUCUGCAGUUUACAGACAGAAAAGUGGGCACUUUUCUGGGAUCAGGUGUCGAUUGCGAACGCUGUGGCAAUUGAAAUUCGGCCGAUGCUAAUGAAAAAUAAUAUGAAUAUCAACAAAGAGGAAGAGGAGGUUACUGCAGAAGCGAUAAAGGAUCCGACUGCUACGAUUGUGACGGAUGCCAAAGAGUUUGCCGCUGCAUUCAUCAAGUAUACGUGGCAACGCGUACUGACUGAGCAUGAGCGUAUCGUGAUGGCUUUCAAAGAUGGUCAUACCUACUUCGUCCGCGUCUUGGAAGUCGAUGUCAAGGAUGAAGACGAAACAGACUUUACCAUGCCGGACUCGUAUCGCGGUCGGGUGGAUCAUGACACGCAAAUAUUUGUGUCAUCAGACAACGGAGAUUCUUCAGCUUUUAAAUUGCUCAAUACGUCAACCCUCGACAAUGCAGGCCUAAAAUCUGUACGCUCCGACGUUGUUACAGUGCUUACAAACGACGGGGAAGAAUUUCCUGUAAAAAAGAAGCUGCUUUUUCCGUGCAUCAAACUGUCAUCAGCUGUACUUUCAGGCAUGGGUGUACAUAAAGAUGCUACCACUACAAUCAAGGUAGACGUGGAUUGUUGUACGUUCGAUCGCGUACUGUUAUAUCUCGAACACGAAGCUCGCGACGACAGCACUGAGUUUCAGUUCGAUCCUUCAGUCAUAGACGAUCUUUUAGCCGCUGCUAUAAAAGUGGGAUGCGUUGGAUUACAAGAGGUUUGUCAGAAACGCUUUGGUGAAUUCGAAUCACGAGUGCGCAAGGAAGCAAUUCGAUGGGUAGAGGUCGUUCGGCGCAAUGCAUCGGGCGAGGUGUGGCUCGUCAUGCAAGGAAUGGUAUUAGAUAUUACGCGCUGGGUCCCAGAGCAUCCAGGGGGUUCUGAAUUAAUUGCUCAAGAGGCGAUAAAUGUAGAUUCAACAGUCAUGUUUGAGAUCUACCACGCCAGUCGCCAGUCUUUCCGCUAUCUUAAACAAUUUUACAUUGGAGAACUUUCCGAGUUCGAUAUUGGUACAAUACCCGCAACAAAAGAGCAGCCAUCAGAAGCAUUUAUACAAGAAUUGCAACAUUACACGACGUGGCGUAUCAAGCCGAAAGAGCAUGUUUACAAAAGCUUUUAA